CGCUCUCUCUCCCUAUCGCUCUCCUCUCUGUCAGUAGAGAAGCAGAGUGGGCCGCAAUGGUGUCACCGCACGGCAUCAAACUCGCUGUUUAUCUCAUCUCUUCUUACUUCGGCGAUCUUAAUGCUAAAGUUUGCGAGUGUCUGUUGCAACGAGGAACUCAAUCAUUAGCACAAAUUGUACGUUUCACAGAGCUUAGCAGAGAGAAUGUUAGGAACUGUUUACUUGUUCUUAUUCAUCACAAUUGUGUUCAAGCCUUUGCAGUUCAACAAGAAGGUGCAUUUGGGGAGGCACCAAAAGUUAUUACAAACUACAUGGCAUUAUUUGACAACAUAAUCCAUAAAUUGAGGUUCCCUAAGUUUUUAGAGAUUGUGUCUGAGGUACUCGGAGAAAAAGUAGGAAAAGAGGGCGGAAAAGAAAUCGGAAAAGAAUGUGAAGAGAUUUUUGAAGGGUUGCUUCAACAUGGUAGGCUUUCACUCAACCAAAUUAUAGAUAGAUUCAAGCAGACAUCAAAUCAAGGAGAUUCUAGCGCUGAAGCUGCACGAGAUAACUUCAACAAGCUAGUUAACGCUCGAUUCGUGGAACGCUGUCCUGCCCCUGAACCAUUUCUUGGUCCACCAGCUGAAGACGAAACUGCUGCAAAGAAACAAGGUGCUAAAUCUGCCAAGGUACUCUGGUGUCAAAGUUUAUUAUGAUGAUGACAACUUCUU